AUGUCGACCACAGGAUGGAAUCCAGAAACUAGCGCGCACACGACAUUCUCCGCCCAUGCCAGCAGCCUCGUAACCUCGCUGUUGCUGUGGAAUGACCACAUUGUAACCGGUUCUGAUGACACCACCGUUUGCGUUUGGACGAACGACGGGACGCUGGAGAAGAAACUGGAAGGGCACGAGAGCGGGGUCUGGGGCUUGGCGCUUCACCACGACACGUUGGUCAGCGCGUCGCAAGACAGAACGGUCAGGAUUUGGAACCUACAGACCGGACUCUGUUCCCACGUCUUCCGAGGCCACCACAGUACCAUCCGCUGCGUAGCGAUCGCAGAAUCCGACGAUACUGUCGGAGGAUAUCAAGCACCCGCGAAACCCCUCAUCUUGACGGGAAGCCGUGACCACACCCUUCGCGUUUGGACUCUUCCAGUUUCGGGGGAUGAUGAAUUCAAGGCCGCUGAGGAUGACGCGGUGAACCCCUUCCAUCGUUUCACCCUCGACGGCCAUACGGAAAGCAUUCGCGACAUAUCCGUCCGCGGACGUAUUGCAGUGUCUGGAAGCUACGACAACACCGCUCGGGUAUGGGACAUAGUCACUGGUCAAUGUCUUUGGAAGUUGGAAGGACACACUGGUAAAGUCUACAGCGUAGCUGUUGAUCUUUCCAACGAGCAGGUCUUCUCUGGAUCAAUGGACACGACGAUCCGGGUGUGGAGUCUCAAGGAUGGUUCCUGUAAAGCUGUCCUUGACCGUCACGAAUCUCUUGUGGGACUUCUGGCUUUGUCCCCCUCGUAUCUCUUUUCCGCCGCACCCGACCGCUUUGUCCACGUUUGGGAUCUUAAGACAUUGGCCGUGAUCCAAUCCUUCGAACACAAUCAGACUAUCACGAGUAUUCAAGGAGACGACGAGAAAGUUGUCGCAGGAAGCGAUGGCUUGGUUCAAGUCGGCAAUGUCACGACAGGCCAAACGACAGACUUGCUGUCAAUGGGGAGGGAAAGGCUGGUCUCUAAAGUCGCUUACGCGGGCAGCAAAUGCGUAGCAGUGACGAAGGAUGGUGCAACACAUGUCGAUGUCUGGAUGUUCGGGGAGAAGGCGUGA